GAACCAUCAGCCCCACCUUACCCUAAAGUUUCGCAGCCACUCCCAAAUAAUUUGAUAGCAUAUGACUGUAUUUGCUACGCGCUCGCUGUGUCCCUUACCUACAGUCUUCGCCGACCUCGGACCUGCGCCUGCAUACAUUGUCUGCACACUCGCCAGGACAAACAAUUGCACAUCUGGUUCGCCUGAUUUCUCGAGUCAAGUCACACAACACGCCCUGCACCACUUGGCACUUGUAUAUUCACCUUCGUCUGUGUCACAGUCGGAGUAAUACUGACCGCAAGUCGACCAUCGCUUACGCACCCUGUACGUCGGAGCAACAAGACUCUUCCUGUUUCAGCUCAGAGGGCGCACGCUAAUAUAUAUAUACAUAUAAAGAGAGACUACCGUCAUGGCUCCUGCUACUACAGAAACACCCGACAUGUCUUCCUUCAAUGACUCUACCAACCCAAGCGACGACGUGCGCGUCCUUGGUUACGACCCACUGAUCCCGCCCCAACUUCUCGCGUCCGAGAUCCCCAUUCCAGCACACGCCGAGAAGACCGUUAUCCAGGGUCGCAAAGAAGCCGCCAGCAUCAUCACACAAAAGGAUGACCGACUCCUGGUCAUGGUAGGGCCUUGCUCGCUACACGACCCAGAGCUGGCACUCGAGUACUGCCAGCGCCUCAAGGCUCUCGCCGACAAGCUUCAAGACAACCUCUGCAUCAUCAUGCGCGCCUACCUUGAGAAACCACGAACAACCGUCGGCUGGAAAGGACUGAUCAACGACCCAGACAUUGAUGAGAGCUACAAGAUCAACAAGGGUCUGAGAGUGUCGCGCAAGCUGUUCGUGGAUCUCACAUCCGCAGGCAUGCCCAUUGCGUCUGAGAUGCUCGAUACCAUCUCCCCCCAGUUCCUCGCAGACCUCAUCUCCCUUGGCGCCAUUGGUGCGCGAACAACUGAGUCGCAAUUGCACCGUGAGCUGGCCUCUGGCCUCUCGUUCCCCAUUGGUUUCAAGAAUGGUACUGAUGGAGGCCUAACCGUUGCGGUGGAUGCAAUUGGUGCAGCCGCUGCUAAGCAUCACUUCAUGGGUGUAACGAAGCAGGGUCUCGCUGCUAUCACCAGGACGGCAGGUAACGAGCACUGCUUCGUCAUUCUCCGUGGUGGAACCAAGGGUACCAAUUUCGACAAGGACAGCAUCAAAGCCGCGAGAGAAGCUUUGAAGAAAAAGGGUCUCGCUGAGGUCAUGAUGGUCGAUUGCUCACACGGUAACUCUAACAAGAACCACCGCAACCAGCCCCUCGUAGCCAAGGACAUUGCUGACCAAAUCCGCAACGGCGAGACCGGCAUCGUCGGUGUCAUGAUUGAGUCCAACAUCAACGAAGGCAACCAGAAGGUCCCGCCUGAGGGCCCUAGCGGCCUGAAGAAGGGUGUCUCCAUCACCGAUGCUUGCAUUGAUUGGGAGAGCACCGUCGACACUCUUGAGAACCUUGCGUCUGCUGUCGCUGAGAGGCGAGCGAACAAGACCAAGUCUAACGGUGUACACUAAACAUCUGUAUUGAGAUGAGCAUUGAUCAGGACUGUGUAUAUAGUAUGGGGAUAUCUGGCGUUGGGAAAAGUUCAGACAGAAAGGAAUAUGGGUGUGAUGAUAGGGACUGAUUUACGAUCAAUUGAUGAAAUAUAUGAUGGAACCAAACAAGUUU